UUUUCUAGCCAUGAAAUGGACAGUGAGUCACACAUCAGUGAGACAAGUGACCGCAUGGCAGACUUCGAGAGCAGCUCUAUUAAAAAUGAGGAAGAGAGCAAGGAGGUUUCAAUACCACUGGAAGACUCUACUGUAUCUGAUAGUUUAGAACAAAUGAAAGCCGUAUAUAAUAACUUCCUCUCCAAUUCCUACUGGUCCAAUCUCAAUUUGAACCUUCACCAGCCGAUUUCAGAAAAAAACAAUGGUAGCAGCAGCAGUAGCAGCAGCAGCAGUAGCAGUUGUGGAAGUGGCAGCUUUGACUGGCAUCAGACUGCUAUGGCUAAAACACUGCAGCAAGUUUCUCAGAGCAGAAUUCUUCCUGAACCAAGUCUUUUUAGCACAGUUCAAUUGUACAGACAAAGCAGUAAGCUUUAUGGCUCUAUAUUUACCGGAGCCAGUAAAUUCCGCUGUAAAGACUGCAGUGCUGCCUAUGAUACUUUAGUAGAAUUAACAGUGCACAUGAAUGAAACGGGACAUUAUCGAGAUGACAACCAUGAAACUGAUAACAAUAACCCCAAAAGAUGGUCCAAACCUCGUAAACGUUCUUUGCUUGAGAUGGAAGGGAAGGAAGAUGCCCAGAAAGUAUUAAAGUGUAUGUACUGUGGUCAUUCAUUUGAAUCUCUUCAGGAUUUGAGUGUUCAUAUGAUUAAAACAAAACACUACCAAAAAGUGCCUCUGAAGGAACCUGUUACACCUGUAGCAGCAAAAAUUAUCCCAGCUACUAGAAAGAAAGCAUCACUGGAGCUUGAACUUCCAAGUUCUCCAGAUUCCACAGGUGGGACACCAAAAGCAACAAUCUCAGAUACCAAUGAUGCACUUCAAAAGAAUUCUAAUCCUUACAUUACGCCAAAUAAUCGCUAUGGUCACCAGAAUGGUGCCAGCUAUGCCUGGCACUUUGAGGCGAGGAAAUCUCAAAUUCUGAAGUGCAUGGAGUGCGGAAGUUCGCAUGACACUCUGCAGGAACUCACGGCUCACAUGAUGGUGACGGGACAUUUUAUUAAAGUCACUAAUUCUGCCAUGAAAAAAGGGAAGCCAAUUAUAGAAGCCCCAGCGACACCAACAAUAACGUCCCUAGUAGAUGAGAAAGUACAGUCUGUGCCGCUAGCUGCCACCACUUUUACGUCUCCUUCCAAUACACCUUCUAGUGUUUCCCCUAAAUUAAAUGUUGAAAUAAAAAAAGAAGUAGAUAAAGAAAGAGGCAUUGCUGAUGACAAAAUGAAAGACAAAGAAAAGUCAAGUGAAGAUGAGGAGAAGUAUGAUAUCUCCUCAAAAUACCAUUACUUGACUGAAAAUGACCUAGAAGAAAGCCCUAAGGGGGGAUUAGAUAUAUUGAAGUCUUUAGAAAACACAGUUACAUCAGCUAUAAACAAAGCUCAGAAUGGCACGCCAAGCUGGGGUGGCUACCCCAGCAUUCAUGCUGCCUAUCAGCUGCCUAAUAUGAUGAAGCUGUCAUUGGGUUCAUCUGGGAAGAGUACACCAUUAAAACCUAUGUUUGGAAACAAUGAACUAGUAUCGCCAACUAAAAACCAGCCCUUGGUGUCUCCACCAAGCAGUCAGACCUCACCUGUGCCAAAAACAAACUUUCAUGCCAUGGAAGAAUUGGUCAAGAAAGUCACUGAGAAGGUGGCUAAAGUGGAGGAAAAAAUGAAAGAGCCUGAAGGAAAGCUUUCUCCAAUGAAGCGUGCAACGCCUUCGCCAUGCAGUAGUGAAGUCAGUGAACCCCUUAAGAUGGAGUCCUCCAAUGAUGGUGUCUUUAAAAGCCAGCAGAACAGCCCAGUCCCUCAGAGAGAUGGCUGCAAGGACAGUCCAACUGUAGAACCUGUGGAAAAUGGGAAAGAGCCUGUUAAGUCCAUUGUAAGUUCUUUAAGUAGCAGCACAGCUAUCAUUACUGAUCACCCUCCCGAACAGCCAUUUGUAAAUCCGUUAAGUGCACUGCAGUCUGUCAUGAAUAUUCACCUUGGGAAGGCAGCAAAGCCAUCUUUGCCAGCUUUGGAUCCAAUGAGCAUGCUUUUUAAAAUGAGCAACAGUUUGGCGGAAAAGGCUGCAGUGGCCACCCCACCUCUACAGUCCAAAAAACCAGACCACUUAGACCGUUAUUUUUAUCAUGUCAACAAUGACCAACCCAUAGAUUUGACGAAAGGCAAGAGUGACAAAAGCUGCUCUUUGGGUUCAGCGCUUUUGUCAUCCACAUCGACAUCUUCUGCAUCUUCUUCAUCUACAGUGACAACAGCAAAGACAUCUGCAGUCGUGUCAUUCAUGUCAAACUCGCCGCUACGCGAGAAUGCCUUGUCAGAUAUAUCUGAUAUGCUGAAGAACCUGACAGAAAGUCACACAUCAAAAUCUUCCACACCUUCCAGCAUAUCUGAGAAAUCUGACAUUGAUGGUACCACAAUAGAGGAACCAGAAGAGAGUACACCAGCUCAGAAAAGGAAGGGACGUCAGUCUAACUGGAACCCUCAGCACUUGCUCAUAUUGCAGGCCCAGUUUGCAGCUAGUCUACGGCAGACGUCAGAGGGAAAAUACAUCAUGUCAGACUUGAGCCCUCAAGAAAGAAUGCACAUUUCCAGGUUUACGGGACUUUCAAUGACCACAAUUAGCCACUGGCUAGCCAAUGUGAAAUACCAGCUCCGAAGGACGGGGGGAACUAAGUUCCUUAAAAAUUUGGACACUGGGCACCCAGUGUUCUUUUGUAAUGACUGUGCGUCACAGAUCAGAACUCCGUCAACUUACAUCAGUCAUCUUGAAUCGCAUCUGGGUUUCAGGUUAAGAGACUUGUCCAAACUGUCCACUGAACAGAUUAACAAUCAGAUAGCACAAGCAAAGUCACCGUCUGAAAAACUGGUGACGUCCUCUCCAGAGGAAGAUAUCGGAACUUCUUAUCAGUGCAAACUUUGUAACAGGACUUUUGCAAGCAAGCAUGCUGUUAAACUUCAUCUUAGUAAAACACAUGGGAAGUCACCAGAGGAUCAUCUUCUGUACGUUUCGGAGUUAGAGAAGCAGUAGCAUUUGCUUUUGAUUAAAAUAACUGUAAUUUGCUUUGAGGAAAACUGUCAAAGACGCCUUAAAGCUACUGUUUAGUUCUUGGCACAUGUUCUUAUUUUAACUCCAGAGUCGCUCUGGGCUGAACUGUUUUGUAUAACUGUACAGUGUUUAAAUAGAGGUGCAUAAUCAGCUGUUGUUACUGGUAAAAUAUGAAGGUUAAAAUGCAGUGGUAAGUGUUUGGAACUUUGUGUAAAUUGGAUUUAGUUGCUGUGCAUCCCUCUGAUGCAUCAAGCUGCAUGCAUUAACAGACAGUUUAAUUAAGCAUUUAUAACUAAUUCUGGUGCACUUUUUUCAUGUGACCUAAGUGUGCUGGUAUUUCUCACCCUAUAAUCUUUAGCCCUCUGAGUACUUUG